UUGUUUUUAGUCUUGAUUUUUUUUUUUUUACGGCCACUCGGGUAGUUGUUUAACUAGCUAAUGAUAAUUUAUCUAAGGUCAGAUUUAUCUUACACUGCUUUUUAGUAGGUAUUUACUUUGCCAACAAAAUUAUUACAAAAAGACACGGAAAUUUUAAGGCCGUAUAUCUUAAAUUGUUGUCUGUUUUAAGUGAAAUACACAGCGUCUACUGUCAGAGCUCGGGGGGCCAGAAUCGCCGGCGGCAUUGUAACGGUAAAGGGAGGACAACUACGAGACGCCUGUGGAAGUGGAAACUAAAGGCGAGGUGACAGCGGACUGCAGACGGAAACCAGCUCGGGCUCUCAGAAAGCAGAGCAAGCAAAUGCGCCUGUGGACCUACGGCUGACGCGAGAGGAGGGGCACGGAGACCCUAAAUCCGACUCCAGGAGCCGGGGGAAGGGGGUCAUGGAAACACGGGCAAUAGGCAGAACCGAGCCGGAUCGCGCAGAAAAUGACGGCAGUGAACAUCAAGGGGGGAAUUCAGGUGAAAAUAUCACUGAAGCACCAACACCGAAAGUAAACCCAUGGACAAAAAGGCAGUGCCACUCUGAUGAGACUAGAAACGCCAGCAUUCAGGAAUCAGGGAAGAAAAGUCCAACCAGAGUAAUUCGUGCUAGCAAGCUCAAAGCUAGGAAAUCAAGCAAGCCAGGUGACCUCAGUGACAACAGCAACUGGCCCACACCUGCAGAACUUGCCCAGAAAGAGCAUCAAAACACCCUCAGCAACCAAGCCAGGAAGGGACCCCUGGUACGACAGAACGACAGGGUGGAGAGCAGGACGGGACACGCUGAGAGCAAAGGAAGCCAGGAGGGCAAGGAGGAGACGACCAAGGCGGACGCACAUAAUGGAGUUGUGAGGAGUAGAGGGGGCUGGAGGAGGGAGCACAGGGAGGAUAAGGAUGAGGGUUCCAGCCUGUGUAGCGAUGAUGACACUGUGCGCGGAGGCUUCCGUGGGAGAGGCCGGGCUCACGGCAGAGGCCGAGGGCGCGAUCGAGGCAGUUCGCACACCACACACAGACACAGUUACAGCUCCAGGGAGCCCCGGCCACACGGAGCGGCCAUGCAGGUCCCCCCCGAGUACAGCAGCAACAUGAUGUAUUACUAUGACGACGGCUCCCAGGUUCAGAUGUACACCGUGGAUGAGAAGUUACUGAAAGGGUACAUCAAGCGGCAGAUUGAAUAUUACUUCAGCCCAGAUAACCUGGAGAGAGACUUCUUCCUGAGGAGGAAGAUGGACAGACAAGGCUUCCUCCCCAUCUCCUUGAUCGCCAGUUUCCGCAGAGUUCAAGCCCUGACCACGGACAUCAACCUCAUCUAUGCGGCUUUAGAGGGCAGUACAGAAGUGGAGUUGAUUGAGCAGAAGAUUCGCAGAAGAGUGGAGCCUGAGCGCUGGCCAAUCCCGGGCCUAUCUGCUGUGACCACGCCCCCUACUGACUUCUCUCAGCUUGUCCACUGUCCUGAGUUUGUCCCCAGACAAGGAUCCUCAGCUUGCCCCGCUUUGCCCCUCAGCCCCCCACCAUCUCCAGUGGCUGACGACACCCAGCUGACCCCUAGCCCACCCGGAAGCCGGACCCCCCCUUGCGAGGAGCCCUCCGCCUGUCUGCCCAACCCGGAGGCCCCGUCCUGGAUGCAGGCUGAGGGCCAGCUGCCCACCCCAGGAAAGCCGGACAGCGCUGCAGUGGCGCUUCAGGCCAGCCAGGGGGAGCCAGAGCAGGAGGAGCUGGACUUCCUGUUUGACGAAGAGAUGGAACGACUGAAACUGCGCAGGGACGCCUUCUCCAGCUGGUCCGAGGACGACUCCGACUACGAGCUGGACGACCGCGAUGUCAACAAGAUCCUGAUCGUCACGCAGACUCCCCCGCACCUACGAAAGCAUACUGGCGGGGACGGCGCAGGAAACCAUGUGACCCGCGCCAAGAUCACCCCGGACCAGGCCAAGGCCAUCAAUGAUGGGCUGUUCUGCUAUGAGCAGGACCUGUGGAUGGAGGAGAGCCAGGCAGACGUCCCGGGCCCCACGGAGGAGAUGGAAGACUUCAAAAAGUUACAUCUGGCCUGUAAAGACGACGUUGUUCACCUGACUCGAGAAUCUCCUGUCAAUCAAAGCCAGGAGGCCCCACCCACCUUCUCCCAGACAGAUACAGGCGACUCGGCCAGCAGCCUGAAUGGUGGGGAAGCCCUGAUUGCGGGUGUGGCCCAGUCCCUUCCUGCCACAGUGCCCAAAUCCCCCAAGAAACUGGGUACCGUGGGCACGCCUGGCCGGCACGAGCCAAGCAAGACGCCCCGCUUCUACCCCGUCAUCAAAGAGAACGGCAAUAUUGACCGAAAGACUCCCCGAAAGAAGAAGACGAGGCACAGCUACAAUCCCCCGCUGGAGAGUCACGUGGGCUGGGUGAUGGAUGCGCGUGAACACAGACCUCGGAGCUCCUCGCUCAGUAGCUCCAGCGUGUCUCCCGCUGACGGCCCCCCCCCAGGUGGGAGUCAGGGCUGCACCCCCAGCUCCCUGCCUCAGUUCCAUCACCCGUCCCACCGACUCCUGCAGGAUAACGGCUUCACACAGCAGGUUUACCACAAAUACCGCCGCCAGUGCCUGAGCGAAAGAAAACGGCUGGGAAUAGGUCAGUCGCAGGAAAUGAACACUUUGUUCAGGUUCUGGUCGUUUUUCCUGCGCGAUCACUUCAACAGGAAGAUGUAUGAGGAGUUCAGGCACUUCGCGCUGGAGGAUUCCAUGGAAAGCUACAGGUAUGGCUUGGAAUGCCUCUUCCGCUUCUACAGCUACGGUCUGGAGAAGAGGUUCAGGAAGGACAUUUUUCAGGACUUCCAGGAAGAGACACUGAAGGAUUAUGACAAAGGCCAACUGUAUGGGCUGGAGAAAUUCUGGGCCUUCCUGAAGUACUCCCAAAUGAAGAACCAGCCAGUUGAACCCAAGCUGCAGGAACACCUGGAGAAGUUCAGACACCUGGAAGACUUCCGGGUCGAUGUAAGGGUGUGUCUGUACUCAGCCCCCUAUGGGAGAGGAAGCGGACAGAGGAAGACAGCGCUCAGGAGAUGAAGAGGGAAGCUCACAGAUGCGGGCCCUAUCCUGUGGAGCCCUGGGCCCUCCUUCUGAGCCGAUCUGCUCCAACACCCUGCUGGACUGAGUGAGAGGCCCAUCCUCGGUGAAAUCGGCCCCACGUGGCUGAAAUCGGGCCUGUGCGCUGCCUGGGAUGGCAUAUUGGGCCCGAUGACGGCCCCACUCUGAGUUCUCAAAGCAAGGCCUGUCUGUUUUAGGCAAUUGGGCUGACGGCGCAAGGUAAUUUUACUGUUUACCAUUUCAUCACCUAAUGAUGUACUCUGUAGUUCAUUUCAUUUAUUAGAUGCAGUUUAUAUCAAAAUUAGAUGGCGGAGGAUUUUAAGGAGAUUUAAGGUUCAUUUACCAAAAAGUGUUUCAUUUAUUUUCAGUGCUCAGGACGUUUAAUGCUUUCUUUUUUAAAGAAUGUGCGGUUCCAUUCACAUGUGAUUUUAUGCACAUGACUGUGGUGCUGUUUGGGGUUAAAAUGCCAGGUGGACAUGGGGUCGUGCAUCGGGCAAACAUUCAGCUAUAUGCAAAUGUGCAAAUGAUGACCAGAGCAUAGAUUUUUUUUGUGGUUGUUUGAGGUUGAAUGGUUGUGCGUUUUAGGUAAAAUGGUCUGAAAUUACCUAUUUAAACAGAGGAUAAGUAAUAAUGAUCCCAUGAAAACCCCAUGAACGUCAUACACGCUCAGUGCACUUUAACAAAAUGUUAAACAAAUUCUUCAAACCCUUUACACUCAUAAUUAUUAUUUUUAUUUGGGAUGUUCUGGUUUGCAAGUUCCUUAGAGGUUUUGCAUGGUGUUUAUAUAUUUAUUUAUGAUUUAAGCAAAUGAGCACGAAUGACAAGCUUGUUUUGUGUGACAUUAAGACCACCAUACGAAGCGCUACACGCUAUGAAAAAUGAUUAAGUGUGAUUCAUAUGCACAGGCUGCGAUUGUGAGCUUUAAUACUGCCAAAUACCCAAUGUCACGUACGAGAAGUCUUGGUUUGAAUGUUGUAUAUAGGAGCAAUAGUGUUGAAUUUUAUCUCUGAUUGUUAAAGGAAAUGUAUGUUUUCUGUGGUAUGCAUGUUAAUCUGAAGUAUUUUUUCUAAAAGUAUAAAAAUGCUCAUUAAAAACAACAAAAUGAUUUUCAUAAA